CCCCGGUACUGUAAAUAACUCAUCGGACCCCCUCGAGUGGGACGACGCAGUGGAUGAUUGUACUCGAAAAACAUAAAGUGGAACUGCCACAGACAUUUGAUUUGUUUCUAUUUCCAAACCAUUGGAUUUGUUUAACGUGCUUAAUUAAACCAUAACAGUCCUCGGGGAAGGUGAAUCAGAAAUAUUUAGCUCAUUUUAGGUCUGUGGGCACAUAACUAAGUUUUCCUUGUCGUAAACAUUUGCUGAUGGCCAAAUCUGUAUACCUCUGGGCGCUUUUAUUGUCUGAUUUUUCGAGCGCCCGACCGCUAACCAUCUCAAGCCCGGGAACGUCAGUUGUGUCCAAUCUUAUUUGUUCCAUUCAUGAGCAAUAACACCAAAAGCAGGUGGCUAGGUGCGUGAGCGAGUGAGUGAGUGAGUGAGUGAACGAGAGGGCCGGGGGCACGGAAAAGCAGGCCUUUGUUGGGGCACACCAAAUGGAACAGCCGAAGUGAAGUGGUCCUGUUCCACAAAAGCACACGUGCUAAAAAGAAGAUAGUGGCGGAGAGGCUUCGAUCUUCGUUUGGGAACGUUCCACUUACGCAUACACAUACGUCAUUCGUUAUUGAUUGGAACGGUUUAUGUGCCACAUUUGCAAACCCAAAUAUCUCCUCGAUUGCUGAAUCUUUUCAAGACCAAACUGAUACAAAGUUUCAGAUCGCCAAAAUGAGUUGCAACUUCUUGAAACACCAAGUAUAGCCAGCCAAUUCCGAGACCAUGGAAGCAUCUUUUAACAGUGGGAGCUCAGCAUCUAGUUCUUUUGGACCUCCCUUGGACUAUUCAUUCCGGAACAUAUCGUCGCUAAGUCACUUGGAAAAACGUUAUCCUCGCCAAAGCCUUCGACGCCAGAGGCGAUCUCCCUCUGGCAGAUACAAUUCCAAUGUGAUCCGAUUGGCCAAUAACAAUCUCGUCGACACGAAGGGUCUUUACCAAAUGGCCUUGGAUGUGGUAGAAUAUCCUGAAGAAGUAGCUUGGCUGGACUUGAGCUUCAACGAGAUUACCGUCAUCAGCGAGGACAUCUUGGAGUUCCCCGCGUUGAAAAUGAUUUACUUACACGGAAACAAGAUCCGGAAGUUCUCGGAUCUGGCCAUCUUGAAGAGGCUACCCAAUUUGUAUAGCGUCACUCUUCACGGCAAUCCCGUGGAGAACUAUCCCAACUAUCGCUCGUCUAUGAUUUGCAUGUUUCCUUCCUUGAAGAGUCUGGAUUUUGCCAAAGUGACCGAGGACGAAAAGGACUUGGCGAGGCUUCAUAUUAUUGUGAAUAAGGGAAGCUCACGAUUAUCUGAGAGUCACGGACCGUCAAUGGGGGGGCAAGAGCCCGCCCAUCAUCAUCACCAUCAACACGGAGCGUAUCAUCGUCCUCAUGGACAUCACCCAACCAAGAAACAUUCUUGGUGAUGGAAUAUGGUGCAGAAUAAAGAUCACGCGAAAAGAAACUACCUUCCUUCAUUUGGGUCAAACCUAGAGCGAAAAAGUGCCUGAGUUGAAUAGAUAUUUAAGGCCAGCAUGAGCAAGUGCACGUGGUCAUUUAGUAUUUCAUGAUACAAAUUGAAUAUGUAUAUUGAUAACGACAUUAUAUAUGUUUCUGAGAUCACGAAUAAACUUAUUAUUUUUCUGCCGAGUA